CCCGCGCCGCCGCCGCCUCGCGCCCGCCGGUCCCCGGACGCGCCGCCGCCGGGAAGGCAGCCGGCGCCGAGCAAGUUGCAAGCGCGCCUCUCCGCCCGGGAAAGUUUCCCCCGCGGCCGCCGACGCGAGUUGGCGCGGGGUCCCGCCGCCGCCGCCGCUGGAAGAGCUUAUCCUGAAGCCACCGUCAGGAAGAGACUUCAAGAGAAUCUUGACACCCCCGAAAGGAGAAGGCACCCGUUGAGAGAGGUGGGCAUCUCCUGGGCAGCCCCGAGCUUGCAGGGACCAGACCUUCCAACGCUGUCAUCAAAGCAACGUGAACCCUUUGAAUUUGAACUUCUGAAAACGUGGGCACCAUCUUUUUCCAGGCUCCUUGACGCUGGCUACCCAGGACAAGCUGGGCCAAUAAAGGAAAUAUACAGGAGCCCCUCUGACCUGGAGACUCUGUGCUGCUGACGUUGGAAGAACUGCCCAGCCUGGCCUUGGACGAUGACCCAAGAGGCCGUUGCUUCUGGCCACUGGGAAAUAAAGUGACAUAGGAGGAGCACCGGCUCUCAGCAGAUGUGUGGAGUUGCAUCAGCCAGUGCCCACGGGAGAGGACUCAGCAUGCAGUGCCUCGGGCGCAGGUCAUCGUCCUGGGGUCCUGAUCUCACGGGCAAGGACAGCCCAGUGAUUCACCUGUGGCUGUAAAGUUAGGGGGAGCACCAUGGAAGGCGACUGUCUGAGCUGCAUGAAGUAUCUGAUGUUUGUGUUCAAUUUCUUCAUAUUUCUGGGCGGGGCCUGCCUGCUGGGCGUCGGCAUCUGGGUCGUGGUGGAGCCCACCGGCUUCCGGGAGAUCGUGGCCGCCAACCCCCUGCUCAUCACGGGCGCCUACGUCCUCCUGGCCAUGGGGGGCCUGCUGUUUCUGCUCGGCUUCCUGGGCUGCUGUGGGGCCGUCCGGGAGAACAAGUGUCUGCUGCUGUUUUUCUUCCUGUUCAUUCUGGUCAUCUUCUUAGCGGAGCUCUCGGCGGCCAUCCUGGCCUUCAUCUUCAGGGAAAAUCUCACCCGCGAAUUCUUCACCAAGGAGCUCACCAAGCACUACCAGGGCAACAACGACACGGACGUCUUCUCUGCCACCUGGAACUCCGUCAUGAUCACGUUUGGUUGCUGUGGGGUCAAUGGGCCCGAAGACUUUAAGUUUGCAUCAGUUUUCCGACUGCUGACUUUGGACAGUGACGAGGUGCCAGAGGCCUGCUGCCGGAGGGAACCCCAGAGUCGGGAUGGGGUCCUGCUGAGCAGGGAGGAAUGCCUCCUAGGAAGAGACCUGUUCCUGAACAAGCAGGGCUGUUACACGGUCAUCCUCAAUGCCUUCGAGACGUACGUCUACCUGGCCGGGGCCCUCGCCAUAGGGGUGCUGGCCAUCGAGCUUUUUGCCAUGAUCUUUGCCAUGUGCCUCUUCCGGGGCAUCCAGUAGAGGGUGUGGCCUGAAGCUUGAAGACUGACCCUGCCCACCACUGCCCGGCACCCAAUGCCCUCCCCUCCCCGGCAUCCCUGCCCUCUUGGCCCCCGGAGGGAGGAGGUGAGGCCAUCAUGAGUGGCUAGGAAAUGCGGCAGAGGAAAAUAGCUAUUUUUUUAACAAAACAAAAUGAAGACAAAAAUAUGGACUGAUGUAGCCCAUUUGGACUCUGGAGUGGGCGCCACAGGUUCUCUGCAGGGGCCCGGACACCUGAACCCAGGAUGCAGUCUGCACUAGAGACCAAAGCAACACCAGGGCCAGGCCCCCUCCUCGGACCAGCCAGAUCUGGCAGCCCGGGACCUGGGCCCUCGACUCACAGCUUCAGGACCUGGUGCCAAGAAAGUAAGGAUUUAGGCGAGAAGGAGGGAAAAGAAAAUUGUGGAGCAGGCAAAGCUCAGGGGCCCUAAGGAAACCUGGUCACCACGUCCUUGAGGACGUGGAACCUACUUGGACUCCCUGGACCUCCGAGGAUAGAGUUGUCGCUGCCUCAGGCUGGGGCCAAGAAUGGGAUGCAGACACUGGAUCCAAGAAUGGCCCAGCCAGUAGUGUCCAUGCUUCCCCAUCUGUUGGACCAGAUAAUCUGGAAAGCCCAGAGAGGCGCAGUUUCUCAUCCAUAGUCACACAGCACAUG